AUGGCGCCUACUGCUACCGUUCUUCUAAAUGAAGACCGCACCAACGCAGCAUCAGGUGCCCUCGGCCUAGCCAAAGAUGGGCGAAAGCUCAAAAUCCGCUCAUACCCUAAAUUCGACACCCUUCUCGAAGAAAGACUUUACCGAAAACAGCACCUCGCUGCAGCUUUUCGCGUCUUUGCCGAUCGAGGGUUUGACGAGGGUGUCGCAGGACAUAUCUCCGUCCGAGACCCCAUCUUGACAGAUCACUUUUGGCUGAACCCAUUAUCCAUGCAUUUUGCUCUAAUCAAAGUCUCAGACUUGAUUCUGGUGAACGAAGACGGGGAAGUUGUCGAGGGAGACGAACCUAUCAACGGAGCUGCCUUUGCUAUCCACUCAGAAAUACAUAAGGCUCGACCGGAGGUCAAUGCUGCGUGUCACGCGCACUCUGUUCAUGGGAAGGCAUUCAGUGCUUUUGGUCGGGAGCUGGAUAUGAUUACGCAGGAUUCAUUGCGCUUUUAUAAAAGCCAUGCUGUUUACGCGGAGUUUGGGGGCGUGGUUCUGGAUCGGGAGGAGGGAAGAAGAAUUACAGCGGCGCUUGGGAAUGGGAAGGCUGUUAUUUUGCAGAACCAUGGGUUGCUUACUGUUGGUGGAAGUAUUGAUGAGGCGGCGUUCUGGUUUAUCAGUCUGGAUAAAACAUGUCAUGCGCAGCUUCUUGUUGAUGCAGCUGAGCUAGGUAGUGGUCACAAGAGGAAGAUCAUCAAUGAAGAGGAGGCGGAGUUUACGUCGAAGCAAGUUGGAGGACCGGAGAAAGGAUGGUUGGCAUUCCAGCCUUACUAUGAUGAGAUUGUCGCGAAAACAAAUGGUGGGUUUUUACUGUGA